AUGAACGCAGGCGGGGCGGCCAAGUUGAUCGUGGAAGCGCUGCUCCAGCGCUUCCUUCCGCUCGCACGACGCCGUAUCGAGACAGCGCAGGCCCAGGUAAGGGAUUAAUGUCCUCGGCAUUUCCUAACUCCGUCACCCUUCUCUUGGCAGUCUUGGUCCAGUGCGAUAAUUCCUCUCGUUUAGCGAGGGAGAGCUCGUGUUCGCACUUUUUGCGGGUGGCUAGUCCGCUUUACUCUACGGUGGUUUGCACUUGGAAUUGUUGCCUGUCCCCGAGGUAUAGGCGGCGUUGGAAAAUUUUCUCGUACGACGAUGUACGGGAAUCAAAUCCAUUGCUGUUUAAAAAAUAACUAAUUAUCAUUUCGCUGAAUCCGAGAUAAAUUCAAAAUGUUCAUGGGAAUAACAAAUAUUUCUUUGGUAAUUGUUCCCUUAACUUUUUAAGGCGACAAUGAUCUUUAAGUGAAGAGCAUCUAAUGGAUAACGUCUGGUUUCCUGUCCUUUGGGAGUUUUAAUGCAUAGGUCCACCCGUUUCUCACAGUGGAUUAAAACGCACCUGUGGUUUUAUUGAGAGGAUUGCUUUCCGGUAUGAGAGAAAUCCCCUCUUUGUCCAGUCUAGGCUCAUUCUUCUGAUAUGGUCUGAAUGUGUUUAGUCCCUUCUCAGUUUUUCAUAAUCUUACACUCAUUGACCAAAACACUCUCCGUUGUUUUAUGUUUUGAACUUGUUUUAUCCGCAGAGUCAGAAUGUCACGACUGUUCGAUCAGAGAUGAUCCUUUAAUGGUUUCAUUUUUCUCUGUAUCUAUUUCUUUAAUUCUCGAACUAUUUAGCAUUGCUGCUUUUCCUCAUCCGGUUAAUAUUGUUUGUUCACCUUUUGACUCGUUGACUUUCUCUUAAUGAAAAACCCAUGCUAUUCUAAUUCAGGAGCUGAACUUUUUUCACUAGCAUUUCAAGAGUUGUGAAUUGUGUUUCCCUUCUCAACUCUCAUUUAUGAGCAGGAUGGACAAUACCUUCGACCAUCUGAUCCCGCUUAUGAGCAAGUAUUAGAUUCAUUAGCCAUGGUGUCUCGGCAUACACCGGUACCACUUUUAGAAGCUCUUCUUAGGUGGAGAGAAAGGUAUUGGCUUCCAUCAUUAGUAGGGUUUUCUUUAAAACCUCCAUACAUGUUUUUUUGGAUAGAAAUUAUUUUUUGUACUGCUUAAAAUAUGUCCAUUGAGAGUUACAUACUGAUCUGUGUGAUUCCAUUACCUAAUCAUCUACAGCGAAUCUUAUGUUGCUACUUUUUCUGUAGAAUUCUAUAUUGUUAUUUAGUUAGCUGUCAUUUCUCUUGUAAAACCAAAGGGGAUAUGUUUUCGAGAAUCUUGGAUAAUAUGCAGCUCUAUGAUUUUGGAGUCAUUCAUUUUUAGGGGAAUUGGCUGUUUUUUUUAUACCCGGAAAAAGUGAUAGGGUUUUCUGUUGAAAAGUGUUCUUGAGAUUUUUAUAGCUGAAACGAAGAAGAUAUUCUUCAGUAGAGCCUCUAGGAUUGGUCUUUUUAACUCUUUUUUCCUGAUACUCAUUGCCAAAGAUAUGCUGAAAAGGGAGUUGCCCAAACGUGUUAGAUUACCAAUCGGUCGUUACAAUGUUAUUAUUGAUGACUGCUAGAUUGAUCUGGAGGAGAAAUUUUUUUCUGAGACUAAUAAUCUAUUGUGGAGGGAAAUUAUCUCUUGAUAAUUUCUGAUAGUGUAUUAAGAAAUUCUUUCCUCACAGAUGAAGAGAUCCUUGUAGGCUGGAGGAGAGGAGUUGAAAACCAUUAAGUACUGAAAUCUGCUUCGAAGUCCUCAAAUCAAAUGGAAAUAGCUAUCAAGGGAGCACAUUAAAAAAAGAUAAAUUUCUGCAUGUGGUAUCUAAUGCCAGAAAAGGAACUUGAGCACCAACUUUGUUGAAGUGGGAGAUGAGGGAGUUGAAAGCAAAGUGAGGACUCAAGGUACCUUCGUACCAAAAGAAAGAAAAAUGCAAAAGAAAGGAGGUCUAGAGGCCCUUUGUAAUAUAAAUGAUGGUAAGUCAAAUGAAAGCUCCCUUCACUGAAGAGUAAGCCACAAGAUGAUGCCGUCGUGAAUAUAGGUGCUAACAAAUAGGUAGGUUUGGUUGUGUUUUGUAUAGGUUUCUAUCAGUAUUUUUAUGAGUUUUAUGGAUGACCCACGUGGUAGUAAUGUGUAAGAUAGGUGGUUGUCAGCUGUGGAUUUCAAAUCUUCUCAAAGAAGAAGGGGACACAAGGGGGUGAGAUACAUGCUUAUUGCAAGUUGAAUGCGGUCUACAUCAUUGUCAUGUUGAGUAUGUUAAUAAGAAGAGGCUGUUGAUGCUGAGUGUUUGGGUCUGAAUUCUUGAAUCCUUUGAAUCAACUGUUAUAAAGGUGGACAUUAUGGAUGGUUUUCUGUUGACUUUAUUAAGAACAUGCAAAAAAAAAAGAACACCGCAGAAAACUUGUCUAGUUCUAAGUGCUGGUUCUGAAAGACAUGUGAAAGAGUGGGUUACCUGUUUCCGAUUAUGAAUCUUUACAUGAAAAUAUACCAUUUUAAAAGGGUUGACUAUCAAAAUCAACUUUAAUCUGUAAAUGGUGGAAAACUUUAAAAUACCAACUUUACCUCAUUUCUUUUGUUAAGUUUCAGAAUUUGGGAAUUCCUCAUCUAGUAUCUAGCUCAUAGUCUCCUAGAUGUAUUGGUAGCUAAUUUUAGGAGAAGUAUAAUGGAUCAAACUUGUUGAGAAGAACUAGAGAGUAGAAAUAAGAGGUGACCUGGUUUCUGUGAUAGCUUUAAUAAAGGCUUCUAAUGGCUGCAGAAUUUUUAUGAGUAUUUUUGUGGUUGAAGAUUGUGGAAGCAUUUACAAUUGCGACCAAGCAAGAUGUUAUGUAGCGUGUAGAAGCAUUUCUGAGCAUAUAAAUUUGGUAUAUGCCUUGACCCUUUUCUAGGCUAAAUAUGGUAAAUCAUUAAGAUGGUAAGGUUUCGGGAGGGCGAUUGGCAAAUCAUGGGGGGAUUUGGUCAAUUCCCAAAUCUAUCCUUGAUAUCCAUGGAUGUUGGCAGAUACAUUUCUCAACUGGUGGUUGUUCAGGUUCCUGAGGAUGAGAGUUCAGAUUCGAAGGAAGCUCAUCUGAAAGAGAAUAGAGGAGUUCACAGGUCUGCAACAUGUGGUUAGUUUUCUGAUAAAUAGAUCAAAAGAAGAUAUAAAGUUAUGAAGAUGGUCCUCCAAAGAGGCAUUCUUAAUCAGAUCGUGUGUUAAAGCAUAUGAGGGAGGUGUACAGUGUGAUAGAAAACUGUAGCCCAGGAAAACGAAGUUGGCUGCCAAAAAUGAGAAAUUUGUCUAAAAAAUUCUCGUCACGAAACUUCAUACGGAAAGGUUUUCAAGAAUAAACAACCGAGAUAUAAAUUGUAUCGUUUCAGUGAUCUUUUUGGAACACCAUAGUAUUUUUUUAUUGCUCACAGAAAAUGCUGACGAUGCCUUUUCCUUUUUAUUUAAAGUAAUUUGUAGGCUAAUUUAGAAUCAACCCGCUGGCCAUAGAGCUAUUCGUUCAGAUAUGCCCUUGGGAAGUGAGGUUCCGAGUUCAAUAAUCAUAGCUGUCCAAAUGUGUGUGGACAGCCCAGUGUGCUUUCAAACAUUCGCCUGGAUUUUCGUUGCUGUAAAAAAAACACUUGCAGUAUCUGAUCAAAGUACAGGUGUGAUAUUUCUCAUUUGCUUUUUCGGGACGUGCCCUUUGGUCGUCGAGGGCAUGCUUUUAAUCUCUAAAUAAAACACGUGAGCACUACAAUUUUGGUUAAUAUGAUCCAGACGCAGCUCUAAGCUGGAGCAGCCGAUUCUUCACUGAUCUCUGCUGGCCACCGCCUGUUGCUACGGGAUGCAGUGAAUGCAGGCUGGCCUGAUAUCUCUUAAACUGCACAUGCUGCUGCCACACACGCAACAAAAGUAUAAGGGAACGGGUUGUUGAUAUGGAUUGAUCGAUUUUUGAAAAUUCCUCUGUUGGGCAAUCCAGCCAACAGAUCCGAUCAUGUAGUCUCCAAAACAGGCAUCGUUCUUUAUUCCUCUUAUACUUGCAGUAAUCAGGUAGUCUCCGAAACAGGCAUCCAUGGCUUCGUUUCUUUCAACUCUGACUCCAUAACUACCUCAAUGUCUCUGCGGUCUUUACUUACUCUGUUGUUGUGCCGCAUAAGACGAUUGACCCGCCAAUUCAGACGCUCUUCCGUGUGUUUAUUAAGGGAAACCUUCAAAAGGUCACAGUAGGUUGCUUUGAAGAAAGGGUCUAGUUUUGGCUUGUAACGGAACCCCUAGUUCUGCUCGUACCUUUUUUAUUGUUAUAACUCCAACCCAGUGAUUCGCACAUCAAGUCCUAUUAUACGAGGAACAACUUCUUGAUAACAAACCUGCAGACUUCUUAUAGAAGGUUAACCUGUGGCUCCGUCAGAUAUAAAUUUAUAGAGUUGGUAAUUGAAUUAUGAACAUGUGAAAUUGUAAAUUGAAGUGGUCUUUUUUUUACCAACUUCUAUGAACUUCAAGAGAUUGACAUGGAAAAUUGAAUUACCUGUGGCUGCAAGUCUAAAUUGUCACAUUUUUUACAGAAGUCUGGGAUAUGAUGAACUAGUUGAUAUAUGUGAAUUUUUUUCUCAAAUUUGUUUGUGAUAAAUAUUACUGUGACAUGUGGACAAGAUUUCAUUUUUGUCAUGUUUGUAGGUCAGAUCGUUUCAUGUCUAAACGGUUUUUCGCUUUCAACUGUUGUGCCAAUAAUUUUUUUAGCGUAUUCAUUGAGAAUUAUAUUAAUUUAUCACAGUGAAUCUCCAAAGGGAGCAAAUGAUGCCUCUACAUACCAGAAAAAGGUCUGAAUUGCUUUUGUCCUUGAUUUUCAAGUGUUUUGCUUCUACUUUCUGUGGCUUCCUAUUAAUAGCCAUGGAAUCUAGUUUUGAGUCCACACAUUACUAAUCCUUGUACUUGAUAAUCUAGUGGUAAGCAUGUGAAAUUCUGGUAUUCUACAGGUUUAUUCUGUUCUCAGAAACUCUCUUUCAUGCAAACAGUACUAUUUUAGGCCCAAAAAAUCACAUUCAAAGGAAAUAGUGCUGAAGCUAUCACCUGGGUUUAUAAUUGAAAGCAAUCUAUUUCUUGGUGGUGUCAGUGGCCCUGCUUGAGGGCAAGCUUGAAGCUCAGGACUAAUGUUUGCCCAGCAAGGCCACCAAACAACUGCCGCACACUGAAGGGCAUUGCUGCAUACCGCAGAGGGGGAGUGCACCGCUGAGGAGGGAGGGGGGUGGGUGUUAGUCAGGUCUUCAGCUGGACCCUGGUAAUGCGCGUGGCCAAAAUUUUCCCUUUGGUACAAUCUGGGAAAAAUGGUUCCGAUAUCCUGGGAUUCUUUUCUAGUGUCGUCUGCUGGCGUCUUCUUUUAAGUGCAUAUGAUGGCUGGCACUGCUGCCAUGGUGGUGUUAGGUUCCUUUGGUUCGACUCGGUAAGACAUACAAGAGGAUGGAAUAGAAAAUCCAACUUGAGUGGAAUAACGAGCGUCCCUGCCCACAAUAACAGGGGAAUGGGGGGAAAAGAAGGACGAGACGUCCAGCGGACGUCCCUAGGGUUUUGGGAGGUAUUUAGCUUGACCCCUGACUCUCCCUGUUGACGCACUUCUGGAUACCCUAAUUGUUCUUUUAGGGCCCCUUUGUCUCAUUCAACAGGCAGCCCUAUUCCAAAUUACUCUUCAGUUCCCUGUAAGUUGCCCCUCUUUCGGGUAUAUGUUAAACUGAUUGUAGGCCCGGAGGCGGACUGGGAGGUGGGCCUAACAGGUGGCUGAUGGUGACAGCACAAUGGUGAUAGUAAUUAUGAUGGGUGGCACUUGUGGGUAACAUUUAAAGGCUCUUAUGACUAUGAAAACUAUCAUGGAGCUUAUAGAUAAUUGCCUAAAUUUUCGUUUUGUUCUAAAAACUGAGACGAUUUUCAAGAUUUAAGUUACGGUUUGUGUGAAAUAUAUAUUUUUUAUCUAACAGUCAUAAUUUCUUGUACUUCUUUAGAAAUUAGAAGUUAAUGAAAUUGAAUUUAGCAAAAGCUUCCGACUUCUUGAAAUUGCUUGAGCUCAUUGUAUAGCUUUUUGGUUCUGCACUUCUCUUAUUUAGUUGCUAUUAAUUUCUGUUCUUUUCUUAUUCUUACCCAGUACAGCUUGGAGUGGAAUGUAUUUUUUGUUCUGCAUGCAUUCGUUUUGUGGAGUGUUGCCCCCAGGAGGGCAUAACAGGUUUUCUUCCUAAUUUUUUUAAAUCGGAAUUAUUAGUUUCUUGAUGAUCUUUCCCUCUGUAGCAAUGUUUCUUUUCUGAUUUUGCCUCAUCUAAUCUCCCAUCUUUCAUCCUCUUGAACAGAAAAACUUUGGUCAGGCCUUGAAAAUUUUGUAUUCGACUGGUUAAUCAAUGCCGACAGGUGAGACCAUGUAACAUUUAUCAAGACCACCCUUUUUUAUGAAGUGGGAUACAUGCGAGAGCUUGUUGUUCCUAAACAAACUAAUUAAUCGCUCUAAGUAUGUUGUUUCCCUUAAAGAACGAGAUGAAUGGGUGCACAUACAUUUUGCAUAUAUGCUAUUGGUAUUUUCUAUUUUUAUUUGAUCAAUAAAUGACCCUGACUACUACCUUACAUUGUUCGACAGAAAAAAGUUGACUUUUGUGAUUUUUUUUGUUGUAUAUCCAUAUAUUCUUUUAAACUAUUUUGUGUACUUAAUAUUUAAAAAAUAUUUAUAAAUAUUUAAAAACGUGUUGCCUAGUCAUUUAUCCUUAUCAGUUAGAUGUACGGCCGUAGGCUAAUGGCUUUUUAUCUGUCUGGUUGCCUGAAAUAUAGGUGGAUCACUCAAUUUAUAGAAUCAAAAUUAGCUUGCUAGUUUACUGACGUUGAUGAAUGGGUACAUGUUUAAGUUCACUGGCAGAAGUUUACCUGUCAAAGUCUGAAUCAUUUUUUAGUUGGUUUUCACUUGACUUUCUUUCCUUUGCACAAUAGUUUCUUAAUGAUAGUAGGUUAUUUAGGGUCCCAAUAACUUUUGAGGCGAUAGAAUUUGAGCUAGAGUGGACAGGGAAUGCAACGACAAGUGAAAUAGAUAGAGCUUAGAUGGGCUGGAGAAUUUAAAAUAUCUUCUCACAGCUUUGAAUUUAACCUGUCAACUUAAUAAGGCUUUGGUACAUAUAUUGAAGCCAAAGUUUUUAUGAGAAGUUGUCCUUGGCCCAUUAGCCACAUCAAUGUGUUGGAAAAGUUGGGGAGGUCAAGUAAUACUACACGUCUCUGGGCACGGAAAUUUACUCUUAUAAAGACCUGUUUAUUGACUAUAUACCUCAUGUAAAUGUCUGUAACCGUUUUUCCGUUGCAGGGUUGUUAGCCAGGUUGACUACCCUUCACUCGUUGACUUACGAGGCCUUCUUUUAGAUCUUGUUGCACAGCUGCUGGGUGCUUUAUCACGUAUAAGGUACACUAAGGCUUUGUUUCCUCCGAUAUUUUUUAUUUCUUGGAUACUAUACUUGUUAUUUUUAAAAAAUAAAAAACACAUUUUCAGAAAAAAAAAAGAAAAUUCUGUUGACAUACCGAACAAAAAAAUAUCAGUUCCGGAUCUUGGCUGAGAGCAAGAAGCAUGGGCACAGUCAAUAAUUAAUUUCCUUUGUUAAAAAUGUCAAGAUUUAGGCUUUUUGGGACAAAGAACGUGUACUAUCAUCAGGUAAUUUUUUUGAGCUUUACCUCUGCUCUGUCUCUCGAUGCACCUUAGCAACUAUGUCAAGAUGUGGAUUCAGUGUAAGAUCUCACCUUUGUCCUACCGUGGCAUAGCAGUAUGAAAACUGGCUUUGUGGGCUAACGGCGUUGUAUAGCCCAUCAUGGAUCUACUUAUGAAAGUAGAGAGAAUGGAAUUUACGGAUAAAUCUUAGGGUAUACUAGGAGAACUUGAUGGACAGUAACACUAGAGGCUUCAGAAUGUUUGAUAAGGAUUUCAUGAGGUUUCUUAUUUAAUCAGAAACCAAAUACUUUGUCGUGUCUGCUGAAGGCAUUCGGGCCUAUUGUUGGAAAGGCUGGGAGCUGACAUCCAGAGAGGCUAAAUGUCUUAAUAGCUUCUUGAACAUGGUAGAUGUGCAGAAAAUUCUUUGUGGAUUGUCCUUUACAUUUUCUUUUCUGCUCUAAAUCGUACCUUUGGUUUCUGGUUUUGUACGAUAGAAGUUUGAAAUUCCCACCUUCGAAAGAUCACUAGUAUUUGAUAGUUUAUACAGAAUUAGUGAUUCUUACUUUUACUAUUUGUGCAGGUUCAGUUCUGUCACUGAGCGUUUUUUUAUGGAACUGACAACUCGACAUAUUGAAACUGGUGUUGCUAGGAGUGAAACACUCAGCAUAAUUAAUGGAAUGCGGUAUCUUAAACUCGGGGUCUGUUCUAUAUUUCUUUUUUUUUCUGGACAACUUUCCUUAAAAAUUUUCCCUGCAGUUGCCCUGUAAACUGUUGUCUUUACUUCUGUAACUAGUCUGUAAGACUGUUUUGGAGAAGAAUAACAUACAAAUAGGCUUUUUUUGAUUACCUGAAUGCAAUAGAAACUAUCCUUCUAGUAAAGUAUAUCUUAAUUUUGUUGCUGUUUUCUACAAAAUAAUGCCACUGUCAAGUUAGUACCUCUGACAGGGACACAGUAAUGGCUCUGUCAAGUAAGCUAACAGGUGGCAUAAAUUAUCCUACGUAUGGGAGCGCUAUACUUGACCAGAACUGCUUGACCAAGUCACUACAAAUUUUGAUAUUUAAGGCAAAAUUGGAAUUUUGAGGUGUUGGAUGUAGGACAAAAUGUGAUUGCCAAGUGUGGAAAUAAGCAUAACUGAAUACAAGUGCCAGUAGUAUGCGCGAGCUCUGCUGGUUGUGAUACCUGUGGUGUCAAUUUUAUGUCCGUGGAGCAUUGUUAGCGAUGAUCAAAUGGCGCUAAUGAUACAUCUUUAGAGCUCCAGUGGCAAUUAUCUCUAGGUGUAGUUAAACAUCUGAAGACCAUCGUCAUAAUUGGGGCAAAUCGUGUCUAUAUUUUGCUUGAAUAUCCCUCCUAGUACGUGUCCUAGUGAUGAUAAUAGGCAUCCAAAGAUGUUGGUCGGCACCAGGUUCGGUAGUAAUUACUCUUUGUGCAUCGAAUUGAUUGAUUCGACCAAUUCUUUGUUGGAUUCCAGAAAGAUGCCAUUUCCACAUCUUUUCUUUUGUUGUCCUCUUCUUUCUCCUUCAUCUACCCGAUUCUGACAUUUUCAUGUCUUACUGUCACCUCCAUUGCUUCAGAUUUCCUUAUCUACCGUAUCUGACGUCUCCAUUAUACACUACUUGCAUCUGUCAUUACCUAAUUCACCUCCUGAUGAAUUUUUCUCUCACUUUUGAAGUUGAUUGCGAUAUCUCUGAAGAGAAUCAAGAUUAGGUUCCUGAUGUUGGGGUGGAUUUUAAAAGGGAAUGCCUGUAAUAACGCUUCUUUAAGUUAGUAUUUUUAUUAUAUAUACUCAUAAUUUUCUAGAUGCACCGAAUUGAUUUUCCAUUUUAAUGAUGGGAUAUUUCAUGCCUGUAUGGCCAAUCUUGAUUCCACUGGUGGAGAACUAUUCUAUUGAUGGUAAACCUGUUAGUUUAGAGACUUCCAUUGUUGUUAAGCUGAUAACAACUUAGCUGAACUGAUUCUUCAUUUGGGUUAUCUGUUUUAAAAUGUAGAAUAGGAUUUAAGAUAAUAUAAUUUGUCUUAUCCAUGCUAGAGUCUGGGUGGCUUUUAUUUGCCCACAUAUAGCCAUUUUCAUUUGAAAUGGCUGAGGGUAAUUGUGGUGGCAUUUGGUGAUACGCUCGGAAAUCCGUAUCCUUACAAGAUUGAAUGAUUUGUUGAUGAUGCUAUGGCAUACCUUGAAUGUUACUUUGUUUGUGGCAUAAAUAAUUGUUGCCGAGGCUACUUUGUCUUCAGAGGAUACUUGUCACGCUUUUCAGUCGUAACCUUGUCUCAAUCUGGUAGCCUGAAAAACGACACUAGAAGUCUUGAGUUUGGCUAAACAAUUGACUAUUACUGAUUUCAUAAAGUUUAUACUGUUAUUCCUGUUUUUAGUUAAUCUCUGUGCUCCGUAAUAUUUUCCAGUACCUUCUUCAAUAUUAGUUUGGACACUUUUAACAAUAAAAACGGCAUAACGUAGUAAGAUACAGUACCUUGAUCAAUUUAUCUUCUAAUAACAUUUUUUGGCUUUUUGAGUGAUAUUCUAUAAUUUUUACUGGCCCUAGGUCAAGACGGAGGGUGCAUUAAAUGCCUCGGCUUCCUUUGUUGCAAAAGCAAAUCCUCUUAUUCGUGCUCCUCAUAAAAGGAAAAGUGAACUCCAACAUGCAUUGUGCAACAUGCUUUCUAGCAUAUUAGCACCACUUGCUGAGGGUGGAAAGAACCAUUGGCCUCCAUCAUGUGGAGAUUCUGCGUUAACUCUUUGGUAUGAAGCUGUUGCUCAAAUUAGAGGACAACUUAUGCAUUGGAUGGACAAGCAGAGCAAACAUAUAUCUGUACGUAAUUCUCACUUCCCAUAGUGGUCGGUUAGUUUUUUGGAGUAGAGAACACUUUCUACUAUCAUUUGGUGCUUUUACUUUUGAUGAUCUCUCUUCUCUGUGUUUUCGACAAUUUUUUGGUGAAGCUAAUGGGUUUUGCCAUUUGAUUAAUCACAACUGCAUCUCUACAGCGUACGAACGUAUCUAUGUUGUAUACAUUAAAGCAUUAAGCAUGCCAUUAUGUAACAGAUAUUCUUUAUUUUCACUCAAAGAAAUAUGUUGUUACCGUUUAAUUUUUUUAAUAGAUCCUUUUCCGUGCAGAAGAUAAAACCCGUUUUUACUAAUAAUGCUGUAAGAAAGUUUGCUUCAUACUUUCUGAUUCGUGGUUAUGAAAAAGGGAUAUUACGAAGAGGCUAGAACUAGGUAGUUUUUGUAAUGGCUUUGAUCUUUAUCGGAAAUUGACUUGUCUUAGCAGAGUAGUCUGUUCUGACAAUUCAUGGCCCAAAGGACUAAGGAAAAGUACAGGAGGAUUACGUCACCUUUUUAUUCUGUUUUUGUAGUUUUGGCAAGGAGUAUGAUUGCUGUCAACUUUGAUAUCGCCUGACUUUGUGUCAUUCCCUUGUGAUCAAAAUCCAUUGAUUAACAUGAAAUCUUUCCAUUCGGGUUCUUAGGUGGUCAGUAUUUUGAUUUGACACUGAGAUACUGAUGUGGUCUCCUUUCUGAAUCAGAUAGUUGCAUAAAGGGAAAGGACUGACAAGAAGUUCUUUAAAAAUUGGCUCUCUUUCUCUGUUGGAGAGACAGAAAUGUCUGCUGUCACGUAAAUAGCUCUAGAUUGAAGCGAUUUCUACUCAAAUUUGGUAUUAUUGCCAUAUCUUCGCUGACCCUGCAAUCAAGGUUGAUAGGAUAUAGCGUACAGGUGAUUCGUUAACCUUGAAAAUCAGCUGGCAGUGGCACCUAACCUAAGUCGUACAUGGUGAAUCUCUGGCGAAAUUUAUUGAGAGACAGUUGAUCAUAUCUUCUAUUAGAUUCUGUCAGUAGUUUGACAGAAACAUUUGGAACUUUGUCAUAGACCAGUUCUUUGAAGUACAUAUAAAUAGAGAAUCGCAUAGCGGGAGAUAAAAAGGAAAACACGCCAGUGGAAAGAAACCAUCAAACUGGAGCCAAGUUAUAUCAGAAUGUGCUAUUUACAUAUGCCGUUGGUCCUUUUAUUUAGUUUAUUCAUUCAAUUUGUUUCACUUUUUCAUGGAUGCUUCUUUUGUUUCUUCUCACUGUUUAAGGAAUCGACUAUUACAUUGAUUUUCAAGGUUGCUGUAUGUUGACAUUUUACAUCAAUUUUUUUGUCAUGAAUUCAUCGAGAGCUCCUUGAAAUGAAGUGUUCUUUAUCAGGUUGGCUAUCCAUUGGUCACUCUUCUGCUUUGCCUUGGAGAUCCUCAAACGUUCAUUGGCUAUUUUGUCACUCACAUGGAGUACUUGUACAAGCAUCUGAAAGUAAGUCGUACGGAAAAAAGUCUGCAUGCGUUAUGAUAUUUUAGUUGUAUCAUCGGAAUUACAUGCAGGCUAGUAGAAUUGGCUUUUGGAUCAAUGAAAUGAGAAUUUCUGCUCUCUUUUUUUGCUGUUAUUUAAUGUGAACUCGCUUUGCCAUGCAGGACAAAAACCACCGUUCUAUGGCAUUAGACUGUCUUCACCGAGUUCUGAGAUUUUAUCUAAAUGUGUAUGCAAAUUAUCAGUCCAAAAAUCAUGUGUGGGACUGUCUAGACAGUGUGACGUCACAAUUGCUUAAUGCUUUGAAAAAAGGGAUGCUAACACAAGAUGCUCAACAUGAUAAAAUUGUUGAGUUCUGUGUUACUAUUGCUGAGAGUAACUUGGAUUUUUCCAUGAAUCAUAUGAUACUAGAGCUACUGAGACCAGAUAGUUUAAGUGAGGCUAAAGUUAUUGGUUUGAAGGCUCUUCUUGCAAUAGUCAUGUCGCCGCCAAACCAAUGUGGUGAUUUAGAAUUUUUUCGAGGUGAUUUACCCUUACAGCAACUUUCAAUUUCCUUCACUCGCAUGUUGAUCCACUUGACAUUAGUUCCACCAGGUCUCUUUUAACAAAGUCUAUGUUUAUGCGACAGGUUCUGAAAUAGAACACUACAUUCCAAAAGUCAAAUCUGCAAUUGAAUCAAUCUUGAGAUCUUGCAAUAGAGCUUACAGUCAGGCGCUUCUUACUUCAUCAAAGACCACAAUAGGUAUUUUACUAAUUUCUUGGUUGUGACGCAGCUUUUUUUCCCAAUGACUAUACACUAUCAGUUAUAUAAUAGAGAGGGAUGAAAGGGACUGGAGGGUGUGCAGGGUGAGUAGGUGUUGAGGAAAUAGGCGGAAUUUGUGGAUGUAUGCCCAACUACAAAUAAAUAAAUAAAAGAACUCGUAUAUGAAUCUUAAUGAAUCGAUCUUGGAAUGCCCCAACUUAGCUUGUUGAACAAGCAUAACGGCUUUGUUUACAACCCUAUAUUCAAGUCUUAGAGAACCAGCUGCACAUAGUUCCGAUCCUGUUCUAGCUGUGAGCUUUUUGUUUAUGAGACAAAUUUGUGUAUAAUCUACAGUCCUUGGAGUAUGUAGAGUUUAAUUAAAGAUGAACAGGUAGUUCUCGGGUUAAUUAUUGGCAAUGGCUAUUCAUUCUCUAGUUCCAGUAUUUAUUCAUAUGUCGGGGAUGAUCAAAUUAAGGAAAUAUGUGCAAGACAAACCUCGUCAACCCCUUCCGUGUAUUCCUAACGUGCAGUUUACAUAUCCAGUUUUUUUUCUAUUCCAGGGACUGUAUAAGUUGUUAAUAUGCUUAUAUUACAAAGCCAACAUUCGGAAAAGGGUUGACUGGUUUGGGAAAGGGUUUCUGACCUCAUCUAAACUGUGCUGUGGGAACCACCUUUCCCAGCCUAAAGUAGCACUGGAUAAAUCAUGAGCUACUACAUAUUGACGUUUCAGAGCAAUUAAUCACUACCCGUGACUAUUCCUAAUCCCAUUUCAAUGGAAAAUCCAAAAUUCCCCUAAUUUUGUAAAAAACAAUCUCUGGGAGUUGGCUGAUAUGAGUGUAAUCAGAUGGUCUUGGGGCGAGCUGAGAUCCAUUUAAAAGCUUCUCGGUCUUCAGUCUUCCAUAUCACAUGGACGAGAAAAAACAUGGCUGAACAUGAGGAAAUGAAGAAUAGCGAAUGACAAAUAGGGACAGAGGGGGAGAAAAAAAGAAUAGAAAGAGAAGUGAUGGAGUGAAGAUUUAAGUUACGGCUAAUCUUCUCCUUUCUUUUCUUACUUUCGCUACUCAACCUUCUUCAAAAGAAAAUCAUUAAGGUGUGGGAAUGUGAUAAAUGUGGUUUAUGCUGGAAAACAUUUUUCCUACGAGUGUGAUAUUCAUGGAGGUAACUUUGUGUCCUGUGAUCCUGCUAAUCGGGUUGAUAAUCAGGCUAUGUAAAGAGCACCUGCUGCUUAGUGCUGUUUUUCCAUCUUUUUUGUUGAUUUACUACAAUACGGGAAUUGACGUCUUUGAGCAUUGGAUUGUAACUCAGUCUACUUUGCUUUUCAUUAUUGCUAACAAAACUCGCAUUUUGUAAUUCAGACGCUGUUAACAAGGAAAAAUCUCAGGGAUCCCUUUUUCGGUCAGUUCUAAAGUGCAUUCCUUACCUGAUUGAGGAAGUUGGUCGGAGUGAAAAAAUUACCGAUUUUAUUCCUCAACAUGGGAUAAGUAUUGAUCCUGGUGUUCGUGAAGAAGCAGUUCUAGUGCUGAACCGGAUUAUAAGAUUCCUUCCACACCGUCGUUAUGCUGUCUUGAAAGGAAUGGCAAACUUCGUCCGAAAUCUUUCUGAUGAAUUCCCCCUUCUCAUCCAGACAUCUUUGGGUCGGUUGUUAGAUCUGAUGCGUUUGUGGAGGGCUUGCUUGUCUGAUGAAAGAUUAAUAAAUGAUGUGAAUGUGAAGCUAUCAGAUUUGGGAUCUGACUCACGUCAUAAACUUUCUCUUUUCCGUCGAUUGGGUGAUUCAGCCGAAUUCGACACCUCAGAAAUGGAUGCUCUUGGUCUUGUCUUCCUCAGCUCUGUUGAUGUUCAGAUUAGACAUACGGCAUUGGAAUUGCUGCGCUGUGUGAGAGGACUAAGUAAUGACAUAAAGUACAUCUCAGUAAAUGGAUCUGAUAAUAAAAUGUUGUACGGAACAGAACCAAUAUUUGUCAUCGACGUCUUGGAAGAAAAUGGGGUAAAUUUCUAGCAUUUCCUACUUAUUUUGCUUUUGGAUUUCUUUUCUCUCGGUUUAUAGAAUACUGUUUCAUUGAGAACAGUCAAUCACCAUUUCAGAAAUUUGCAGGAUGAUAUCGUUCAGAGCUGUUGCUGGGAUUCUGGUCGUUCUCAUGAUUUUCGGCGUGAGUUGGAUGCUAUUCCGCUUGAUGUGACACUGCAGUCCAUUCUCGAGGGCCAAGAUAAGAGCAGAUGGUCUCGUUGUCUUAGUGAGUUUGUCAAAUACGCUGGUGAACUCUGUCCCAACUCUGUGCAGGACGCAAGGUAAGGGGAUGGAGGAUUCUUUCAAACUUCUAGAGUAUAUCAUUAUCGUUAACUAUGAUUCUUCUCUUGGGGAAGCAUUAUUUUUGUUUCUCCUGUGGGACUAUUCAUGAUCUACAUCAUCGUUUUACUUUUUAUGUGACAGUGACUUGAACCGUAUGUUUCUUGAUAUAAUACCAAUAUGGCUUCGAAAAGACUUUAUAUUUGUCUGGACAUCAAUAUGGCUUCGAAAAGACUUUAUAUUUGUCUGGACAUCAAUAUGGUUCUUGACAGUUCUAGCGUGAAUAAAAAAAUUACACUCAAAGAAUGUCACAUUUGAUAGGAUCUCUUGAUCAUUAGGAAGCAUUUUGUAGGGCUAACUUUUAACUUUUUACUUGUCUCAGGUUGGAAGUCAUGAGGCGCCUUGCUCAUAUCACUUCUGUUGAUUUAGGUGGCAAAGCUUAUCAGUUACUAGAUGCUGAAAACAAACUAGACCAGUGGGUAAUGUAUUCCAUGUUUGCAUGUUCAUGCCCUCCUGACAACAGAGAAGAUGGCAACUUCAAGACAACUAAAGAAAUCUACCAUCUGAUAUUCCCUUCCCUGAGACAAGCAUCUGAUACACAUGCUGUGAGUACCAAUCCUUGGUGAUUACCUACAAGUUGAGAGUUCACACCCUGUCUUUCUUAGUGUAAAAUUUAUAACUCUUAUAAUUUCUGUCAUGCUUCAUGCGGUAUGAUUCAUUCAAAAUGUUUCCAACCUUUCAUGCUAUACUGGAAGACAGUUUCUUCAUAUGGUAGAGCCUCUGAAAGGUGCUCCUUUGCUUCAAGAGCUUAAAUAGUUUCACCCUGUGACUGGCUUAUGGGAGUUCUUAUGAACCUCCUCUAGCCCAAAAUUACACUGUGAAUGUGAGUGCCAUCGCCUAUAUUUUCAAGAUAGCUGGUUGGAAUAGAACUAAUGAUGAUAAUUUAACGGUUAAGUUUUUUGCCAAGACAAGAACAUUCCGUCAAGCUCUUUGAUUGUUACUGGAUGAAAUUAUUUGGCAAUCCUAUUUGAUUUCGAUGAGCAUUGGCAACCGGACCAAAGAUAUGAUUUUUUUCAAGCGUAUUUUUAUGCUCUUUAUUUUCAUGGACAUGGUUUCAUUUGUCCAUGACUUCGAGUGCCCAUUUCAAUGUGCCAACCAUAAGACGUUGUGGCCAUUUUCCUUUAUAUUUGGAUUAUUUUUUUUGUCGUCAAAGAUGAAGUUUUAGCUUUUGAAUGCUUGCUUAAUGAGAUAAAAUUUUAUAAGAAAAAAGGAAUAUCAGUCAAGUAAUGUAUGGCACGUGCUUUUUCGUGUGGCUGUAGCAUGCAGCUGCCUCUGCUGUUGGUCACUCGCAUUUGGCUGUCUGUGAAAUCAUGUUUAGUGAGCUUGCUACAUUUGUUGAAGAGUUUUCAUCAGAAACAGAAGGAAAACCAAAAUGGAAGGUAUUUUCCCAAACUGUUCUCUAUCUUUUGAUUAAUUUUAGAAAAAAAUAAUCUGAUAUUUUCAUCUUUCUUGAACACUCUACAAUAGUAUAACUUCUAGUUCUAGAUCCUUGCUUCAAAGGUUGACUGUUCUAGAAUCAGCCCUUCUUUCUUGAACCCACAUCGUUGUUUGAUAAUCCAAGCCGACAGUUGAAGAUCGAGGAGACAACAACCGUUGAUUGGAUAGUGAAAAGGAAGAGAGAAAGAGGAGAGAGUUGAAAGAGAACAAUCGAGAGUACUAGAGAAGGACAAAGAGAGAAGUGUGGAAGAAAGGUGUAAAGGAGUGCAUGAAACGUUCCUAAACUAGCGGUGAAAUCAUGGCUGCAGAAAAUAGUGUCAUGAGGGAUGUAAUUCCCUCCCUAUCCGUUCUCCUCUUUUCGAAUUCUUCUUUGCAAUAAAUUGAGCUGGAUUGCAUUUUCUUCUACAACGUUUGAUGCGGUCGCCUGAUUAAAAUUUACAUUUUAGAUUAUUCAAUUCAUGCCCAAAUGAAGAUGAAAUUGAAAGUCGAAUGGUUUCAUGAAUGCUUCCUAUUUUCCUUGAUUGAGUUUUUUUGAAGUUUUUCAGAAUGGAAUUGCAAUCUUUUGGGCCCUCAGUUUUUUACCUUACAAAAGGUAUCCUUGACCAGAAAUCACACACAAGGAUGCUCUAUUUUUUUUUUUGAGGAAAAUAAAUAACAUAAGGAAAGAAAUUGUUGUUUCCCCAUCAUCUUCAAGGGACAACCAAUUUAGGAACGUCAUUUCCAAUUUCUUGUCAAAAAUUUUAUCAUACAAGAUUGAAGAGACGAGUCAUUUCGUCUGUUUUUUUUAAAUUUUUAUUAUCAAUUUUUAUAAUCACGUAGGACUCACAUUUGUAUGAUAUGUGAAUGUAGAACCAAAAGCCUCGACGAGAAGAACUCCGCAUUCAUAUUGCGAACAUAUAUCGAACAGUUGCCGAGAAAGUCUGGCCGGGAACACUGAGCCGUAUGCUUGACUUCCGACGUUACUUUCUGAAAUUCAUCGAAGAAACAUACCGUCAGAUAAUAUCAUCAACUGAUAGUUUUCAAGAUACACAACAACUUCGCUUUGCCUUAGCCUCUGUCCUGCGACAUUUAGCUCCUGAGUUAGUGGAAUCAAAGUCUGACAGAUUUGAUCCCCGGAGCCGCAAGCGAUAUUUUGAUCUACUCUUUUCAUGGUGUGAUGAAAGCGGUGGCAUAUUAGGCCAGGAUAACAGUGACUAUCGUCGUGAAAUUGAACGUUAUAGGUCGAGUCAACAUAAUCGAUCUAGGGAAUCGAUUGACAAAAUUUCGUUUGACAGGGAAACAAUCGAGCAAGUUGAAGCAAUACAGUGGACAUCCAUGAAUGCCAUGGCUUCUCUGUUAUAUGGCCCUUGCUUUGACGACAAUUCCAGAAAAAUGAGUGGCCGAGUAAUAACAUGGAUCAACAGUUUAUUUGUAGAACAUGCUCCAAGAGUACCAUUUGGGUAUUCACCUGCUGAUCCAAGAACCCCAUCUUAUUUAAAGUACACUAGCGAUGGUGCGCGCGGUGGACGUGACAAGCAACGGCAACUUCGGGUGCUCCUGGCAAAAACAGCUCUGAAAAAUCUUCUCCAGACUAAUUUGGAUCUGUUUCCUGCAUGCAUUGAUCAGGUAUAUUUUUCUUGCCUUUAUUAAUUCCCCGGUGUUGUAUAGGAAAUUCUUAGUUAAACUUUGAUCAUGAGCCUCAAAUCAGUCUGUACUUCAAUGAGUGAACCCCCAUUCCCUGAAAUCUCUUUUGGAACACCGUUUUAUGGAAAAUAUGUUUUUGAAAGAAAUAUAGAUUGUAUUCAUUAGACUUCUAGUGACAUACCUCCGACGGUUCUUCCAUCAAAAUACCAAGCAUGGAGUCAAUUCUUCAUUGUGCAUUAUUUUCCUUCUUAUGUUAUAGUCUGGGGACCUGGAGAGAGCGAUCACUCUCUUUUUUUUUUCUUGAGGGGUGGGGGUUGUUGUCUGGUUGGUGGAGAAAAUGUCCCAUAGUAUUGCAUUUAUCCCAAACUAUGAUUGACAAAUCAUUAAUGUGUUCUCAGUGCUACUCACCUGAUGCCUCCAUCGCCGAUGGCUACUUCACGGUGCUGGCCGAGGUGUACAUGCGCCAAGAUAUCCCCAGAUGUGAGAUCCAAAGACUUCUGAGCUUGAUCCUCUACAAAGUCGUGGACCCAUCCAAGCAAAUCCGUGAUGAUGCCCUCCAAAUGCUGGAGACGCUCUCUGCUCGUGAAUGGGCUGAGGAAGACAUUGAAGGAGUGGGCCACUAUCGUGCAUCUGUGGUUGGAAACCUUCCUGAUUCUUACCAACAGUUCCAAUAUAAGCUCUCCUCCAAGCUCGCCAAAGACCACCCCGAGUUGAGCGAGCUUCUGUGUGAGGAGAUAAUGCAGCGUCAGCUGGAUGCCGUUGACAUAAUCGCCCAGCAUCAGGUACUCACCUGCAUGGCUCCCUGGAUCGAGAACCUGAACUUCGUUAAACUCUGGGAUUGCGGUUGGAGUGAAAGAUUACUGAAGAGUCUUUAUUAUGUGACGUGGAAGCAUGGAGAUCAGUUCCCCGAUGAAAUCGAAAAUCUCUGGAGAACCAUCGCCAGCAAUCCUCGAAAUAUCGGCCCCGUUCUUGACUUUCUGAUCGCAAAGGGAAUCGAAGACUGCGACUCUAAUACUUCUAUUGAGAUAAGUGGGGCCUUUGCUACGUACUUCUCUGUGGCCAAGCGGGUCAGCCUCUAUCUUGCUCGCAUUUGCCCCCAGCAAACUAUCGACCACCUGGUGUUCGAGCUGUCUCAGAGGAUGCUAGAGGAUAGCGUGGAGCCAGUGCGGCCAACGGCUGCGAAGGGAGACGGUAAUGGGAAUUUUGUCUUGGAGUUCUCUCAGGGCCCUGCUGCAGUCCAAGUCCCCACGGUGGUGGAUAACCAGCCUCACAUGUCCCCUCUGCUCGUCCGUGGCUCCCUCGACGGCCCACUCAGAAACACAGGCGGAAGCCUCAGCUGGCGGACCUCCACUGUAGCCGGACGAAGCAUCUCGGGUCCCCUCAGUCCGAUGGCUCCUGAAAUGGGCCUCGUUGCCGCUGCAACGGGGCGAUCUGGUCAACUCCUGCCGGCGCUCCUGAACAUGUCGGGACCGUUGCUGGGGGUUCGGAGUUCAACGGGCAAUCUCAGGAGCCGCCACGUCUCUCGCGACAGCGGAGACUACCCCUUCGACACGCCCAAUUCCGUGGAAGACGUCUUGCAUCCUGGGAGCGGGGGGCUCCAUGGCGUCAACGCCAGCGAGCUCCAGUCCGCUCUGCAGGGGCAUCAUCAGCACCUUCUCUCUCGUGCAGACAUUGCGCUGAUCCUCCUAGCGGAGAUUGCUUACGAGAACGACGAGGACUUCCGUGAGAACCUGCCCUUGCUCUUCCACGUGACGCUCGUCUCUCUGGACAGCUCAGAAGACAUCGUCCUCGAGCACUGCCAGCAUCUUCUCAUCAAUCUUCUGUAUUCGCUCGCCGGUCGGCACCUGGAGCUGUACGAGGUUGAGAAAAGCGAAGGGGAGAACAAACAGCAGGUGGUGAGUCUGAUCAAGUACCUCCAGUCCAAGCGCGGGAGCAUGAUGUGGGAGAACGAGGACGCCACACUGAGCAGGACGGAGCUGCCAAGCACUAGCCUCCUCUCUGCCCUGGUAUCCCACAUGGUGGACGCCAUUUUCUUCCAGGGGGACCUUCGCGAGACGUGGGGCGCUGAAGCACUGAAAUGGGCGACGGAAUGCACCUCCAGGCAUCUCGCAUGCCGCUCGCACCAAAUCUACCGUGCCCUGCGGCCGAGCGUGAAGAGCGACGCCUGCGUGCUGCUCCUCCGGUGCCUCCACCGCUGCCUGGGGAACCCAGUUCCCGCUGUUUUAGGGUUCGUCAUGGAGAUCCUCCUGACCCUGCAGGUGAUGGUGGAGAAUCUGGAACCGGAGAAGGUGAUCCUCUACCCGCAGCUCUUCUGGGCCUGUGUCGCGAUGAUGCACACGGACUUCGUGCACGUCUACUGCCAAGUGCUCGAGCUCUUCGGACGGGUGAUUGAUCGGCUGUCGUUCCGCGACCAGACGACGGAGAACGUCCUUCUGUCCAGCAUGCCGCGUGAUGAACUGGACGACAACGCCGGCGAGCUGGCGGAGUUACAGAGGACGGAGUCGAGGACCGGCGGAGAGCAGCCGUCCCCGCUUGAAAGCGGGAAAGUGCCGGCCUUUGAUGGGGUCCAGCCGCUGGUGCUUAAAGGGCUCUUGUCUACGGUGAGCCAUGGCUCGGCCGUCGAGGUUCUCUCGCAGAUUACAGUCCCCACCUGCGACUCCAUCUUCGGCAGCGGCGACACCCGGCUGCUGAUGCACAUCACGGGCCUGCUGCCAUGGCUGAGCUUGCAGCUCGUGGUGGACGUAGCAGCUCCAACGAUGCCCGCUUCUCCAUUGCAGCGGCAGCAUCAGAAAGCCCGCUAUGUGGCGUCUAAUAUAUCCCUCUGGUGCCGGACCAAGUCUCUCGACGAGCUGGCGGAGGUCUUCUCGGCUUACUCACACAGCAAGAUCGCCUCCAUCGACGCGCUCUUCUCCCGGGUCUCGCCGCUGAUCUCCGCCGAGUGGUUCCCGAAGCACUCCUCCCUGGCCUUCGGCCAUCUGCUGCGGCUGCUGGAGAAGGGACCGGUGGAGUACCAGCGGGUGGUGCUCCUGCUGCUGAAGGCCUUCCUCCAGCAGACCCCCGUCGACGCGGUGCAGAGUCCGCACGUCUACGCCAUAGUUUCGCAGCUGGUGGAGAGCACGCUGUGCUGGGAGGCGCUGAGCGUCUUGGAAGCCCUUUUGCACAGCUGCAGCAGCCUGACCGGGAGUGGCCACGCCGAGGAGCAGGGCGGCGGCGGCGAGAACGAGAAGGUCUCGCCGAUCGUGCUGGCUCCGCAGAGCUCCUUCAAGGCCAGGAGCGGCCCACUGCAGUACAUCGUCGGAGGGGGAGCCGCUGCUGCGGCUCAGAGCGGUGUUGGGACGCCGGAGGGGGCCCUGUCGCAACGAGCGGUGGCUCUGCAGAACACUCGAAUGCUCCUCGGACGUGUGCUUGACACCUGCGCCCUCGGCAGGCGGAAGGACUACAAGCGGCUCGUGCCCUUUGUCACGAUCAUCGGCAACCCUUGA